AUGCCGCGUUCGUUCCUUGUUAAGAGCAAGAAGGCUCACAGUUACCACCAACCGCGCUCCCCGGGACCCGACUAUUCCCUCCAACCGGAGCAUGUCCUGGCGCCAGGCGGAGCAGGCAGCACCUCGGGCGCAGCGGGGGUGAAGGUGGAGCCCGGGAGCCGUUUGUCUCCCGAGUCGCAGCUGACGGAGACCCCCGACGGAGCCUCCGCGUCCCCCGGCAGCAGCGAGGGCAGCGUCUGCGACCGCAGCUCGGAAUUCGAGGACUUCUGGAGGCCGCCGUCGCCCCUCCGUGGCCCGGCCUCGGAGAAGUCGGUGUGCCCAUCGCUGGACGAAGCUCAGCCCUUCCCCUUGCCCUUCAAGCCCUACUCGUGGAGCGGCCUGGUGGGUUCUGACCUGCGGAAUUUGGUGCAGAGCUACCGGCCGUGCGCGGCCCUGGAGCGCGGCGCAGGCCUGGGCCUCUUCUGCGAGCGCACCCCGGAGCCAGGCCACCCCGCGGCGCUGUACGGCCCGGAGCGGACGGCGGGCGGCGCGGGGGCCGGGGUGCCCGGCGGAGGUAGCGCAGGAGGCGGCGCGGGCUUGGGGCUCUACGGCGACUUCGGGCCGGCGGUGGCCGGGCUGUACGAGCGGCCGACGGCGGCGGCGGGCGGGCUGUACCCGGAGCGUAGCCACGGGCUGCACGCGGACAAAGGCGCUGGUGUCAAGGUGGAGUCGGAGCUACUGUGCACCCGCCUGCUGCUGGGCGGCGGCUCCUACAAGUGCAUCAAGUGCAGCAAGGUGUUCUCCACGCCGCACGGGCUCGAGGUGCACGUGCGCAGGUCUCACAGCGGCACGAGGCCCUUUGCGUGUGAGAUAUGCGGCAAGACCUUCGGGCACGCGGUGAGCCUGGAGCAGCACAAAGCCGUGCACUCACAGGAAAGGAGCUUUGACUGUAAGAUCUGCGGCAAGAGCUUUAAGAGGUCAUCGACGUUGUCCACACACCUCCUCAUCCAUUCAGACACCCGGCCCUACCCCUGUCAGUACUGUGGCAAGAGGUUCCAUCAGAAGUCAGACAUGAAAAAACACACCUUCAUCCACACUGGUGAGAAGCCCCACAAGUGCCAGGUGUGCGGCAAGGCCUUCAGCCAGAGCUCCAACCUCAUCACCCACAGCCGCAAGCACACAGGCUUCAAGCCCUUCGGCUGUGACUUGUGUGGGAAGGGCUUCCAGAGGAAGGUGGACCUCAGGCGGCACCGGGAGACGCAGCACGGGCUCAAAUGAGUGCCCUGGCGGGCCACGUGCAAUCACACAACACUAGGGAGGGCGGCC